AUAAACUUUAAUCCUCAUGACAUUUUACUGUUGAAGGCGGGAAGAAAAGUGUUGAAAAAGUAUUUUUCUUAUUAAAUAAAAUAAAUCAUAAGAUUUAAAAAUGUCGAAUAUAAAGCUUACAGAUGGUAUAUUAAUGAAAAUAAUGAGAGGUGAUCAGGUUGAGAAUCCUGUUGUCCAAGUAUUAUACUGCAAAAAAAUUCAAAAGAAUGAUAGUAACCCUGAUCGAUAUCGAUUAUUACUAUCUGAUGGUAGAUACAUGAUUAAUUUUGCAAUGCUUGCAAGUCAAGUCACCGAUUUAGUGGCCGAUGGAAGCUUAACAAAUAAUGCGGUUAUUGUUGUUAAAAGAUAUAUUACUACUAAAAUUCAAAGUAAUGGCAAGAAUGAUAAUCGACGAGUUCUUUUAAUUUUGGAGCUUGACAUUUUGGCUAAAGGUGAAGAUAUUGGUAUGAAAUUAGGGAAUCCAAUGAAUUUAACGGCCGAAAUAAUUGCUGAAGCUGAUAAAGCAAAUAGUUCAAAAUUAUUAUCUGAAAAAACUAAUGGAAAUGCAUCAAAUACUUGGGAUAAAAGUCCAAAUAAACCGGCUAGUAACACAUCAAUGCAAACUUCAAUGAAUACAACCAGCAAUUCAACAUUUAAUCCAAAUAUGUGCCAUCCAAUUGAAGCUCUCAGUCCUUACAACUCCAAAUGGGUAUUAAAAGUUCGUGUUAUGAACAAAAGUAGCAUACGAACCUGGUCAAAUUCUAAAGGAGAGGGUAAAUUAUUCAGUAUGGAUGUGUGUGAUGAAACUGGUGAGAUAAGAAUUACAGGAUUUCGGGAUGAAGUGGAUAAAUUUUAUGAUAUGAUUCAGACCGAUCGAAUUUAUUACAUAACUGGAGGUCAAAUCAAACUCGCCAAUAAACAAUAUUCAACAUUGAAAAAUGAUUACGAAAUUACAUUAAAUCGUGACACAGAAAUCGUUGAAUGUCAUGAGACUACAAACGUUCCAACUGUAUCCUUUAAAUUUGUACCGAUUAAAGCGAUUGCUACCUUGGAGCCAAAUUCUAUUGUUGAUGUGAUUGGAGUUUGCAAAGAAGCAGGUGAAUGCGUGCAUUUUAAUUCUAGAGCUGGUAAAGCUUUGAUCAAGCGAGAAAUUCAAUUGGUUGAUGAAUCACAAUGUUCGAUUAAUUUAACAUUAUGGGGCAAAGAAGCAGAAGAUUUUGAUGGCAGCUCACAGCCUGUAAUCGCUAUAAAAGGUGCUAAAAUCAAUGAAUUUAUGGGCUCAAAAAGUAUAUCAGGAAUGAGUUCACCAAUACGUAUUAAUCCCGAUAUACCAGAAGCAUAUAAAUUACGUGGUUGGUAUGACAACGAAGGUUCUAAAUUGGACAAUGUUACGAAUAUAUCUGGUAGAAGUACAACAGGCGAUGGUUAUCAAUCAACUAAUUCACCAUUGAUGACGUUCAGGGAGGUUAAAGCGAAACAUGUCACCGACAGUUUAUCAUUUUCAAAUAUUGGUACAAUCAUGUUAAUUAAAUCCGAUCGUGCUGUUUAUAAAUCAUGUCCGGCUGAAGGAUGUAAUAAGAAAUUACUUGAAAUGGGUGAUGAUUCCUAUCGUUGCGAUAAAUGUGGUAAAGAAUACAAUGAUUUCCAAUAUCGGCUUUUAGUCAGUAUGAAUGUUGCCGAUCAUACAGGUGAAAGUUGGAUGACUGUUUUUGCAAGUGAAGCCGAGAAAAUUUUAGGAAAAACAUCUCAAGAAAUGGGCGAAUGGUUGAAUAAUGAUAAAAAGGAAGCUACAGAAUAUAUUGCAACUAAAAAUUUCUCUAAAUUCAUGUUCAGAUGUCGCUCAAGAAUGGAUACCUACAAUGAUGAAAAUCGUAUGAAAACAGUAGCAUUUGCAGCUGAACCUAUAAAUCAUGUAGUGGUUAAUAAAUAUUACCUGGAUAAAAUUAAGGAAUUAACUGGUAUCCAAAAGAAGACAUCAAAUGGCAUGGAGUAUUAAAACCAUUUGUUCUUUUUGUUUUUUUUUUACAUAUUAUAUAUAUUUUUUUAGCUCUUAUAUUUAGUAUUAGUAUUGAAAAUUUUGCAACAAAAACGCUUUCGAUCCAAUUUAUUAGUGUUUUAGUUUUUGAGUCUUCAUAAUUAUGUUAAAAUUCGUUUCGUAAUAUUCACAAUAAUUAUUUAUAUUUUACUUAAUAUGAUGUUUUCCAAUAAAAAAUCAAACUCAUCGCAAUCUAUAGAUGUCCCAAUUACCUUAAUUAAAAAUAGCUAUGAACAUAACUUAAGUGGAGAGAUUUUCAAUGGCUCCUCCCCUCUCCCCCCCCACUUUUGUGCGCAGCGGGUUGAUGAAGGAAGCUGUUUUUCAUUAAUAACACAUCGGAUCUAAAAACUGCAAUCAACUUUAUGUUUAGAAUUUCAUCUCUUUAUCGCUUUGCUCUUGUACGAAAUUUUAGCAAGUCCCUGUAUAUUUCGCAAACUAUUUAAAUACGAAAAUUUUGAUUUUUCAUUGCAAAAUACCAUUUUAAACUUCGUAUACUGCUGAACAAAAAUAAUGCACAAAUGUAAAAAUAGUAUAUUACACUACAAGGUUCACCCUGAACUGCGCUCCAUGAUUAUAUCGCGCAGUGUAGUAUCUUAUACUUUCUGCCCUUGUAGUGUAAUAUACUAUUGUUCUUUAUUUUCGACCGAAAGUAUGUCCUUUCUGCCUCCAAAUAUAAGCAGAAUGUUUCAUUUCGGCCGUGGAUAAGGAAAAAUUAAAUUUUCACAAUGUGCGUAGUAAUUUUAAUGCAGCUAACACUAGCGCCUUAGACCGCUUGACCAUUUAGGCUCUUCUCUAUUUUGAACUUCUUCAGUGUUGAAAUUACGUAAAAACAAAGUAUUUUUGUUCAACAGUAUUGAAUAAACAUUUCGAAAUUCUAGAAUGUAUUCCAGUGAAAUCUAGCCAAGGUAGUAAUAAUUACAGUAAUGUGUUAUGUUAUUUUUUCCACACGUACCAUAGGUUUUUGGAACGUAUAUAACCCCAAAUUUCGCAUCCUGAUUAGUUCCUCAACCUGGUAAUCAAUGUGAUUUUUUUUUUGUGAGAUCAAACGAGAUCUUUGUUUAAGAAAUUCGAUUCAUUUUAAUGCAAAUGAAAAUUUUUGAUUCAAUCUUAUUAAAAAUUAAUCCAAAACUUCGAUUCAUUUCGAUUUCAAGUUUUCAAUUAAUUUCAAUUAAGAUUUAAAU